AUAAGUAUGAGACCCCCUGCAAGAAUGCGAUCACAUUGGAAAAAAACAAGUCACCGUGUCGUUCCCUCCGCCGAGUCGAACACUCUCCAGAAUGCAGCAGCUCAUCGUGCCCGCUCUGCUGGCAUCACUGUGGACCCUGUGCGCGGGAGCCGGAGAUUGGUGCUAUCAGUCCCAGUUCAGCUGUGAUCAUCAGUGCAAUGCCCCAGAAAAGUGGGACCACGCGAAUAGCAACUGCGGAGGAAGAAACCAGUCACCCAUCAAUGUCGUCACCAGAAAGACUCUGAAAGACGAGCGACUGAAGGACUUUAAGUUCGAAAACUACCAGCAGAUCUUCAGAGGCACGAUCAAGAACAACGGACACUCUGUUCAAGUUGGAGUUCCUCACGUGAGCACCGUCUCAGGCGGAGGUCUGCCCACCACCUACAAGGCGGUGCAGUUCCACCUGCACUGGGGCAAAAAUGGAGGACCUGGCUCUGAGCACACCAUCGAUGGGGAGCAGUAUCCCAUGGAGCUGCACAUUGUCCACAUGAAGCACCAGUACACUGACCUGACCACGGCGCUAUCAGACCCCGAGGGAGUCGCAGUGCUUGGGUUUUUCUACGAGGCAUCAAACAGUGGAAACAGGAAGUAUGACCCGAUCGUCAACGCUCUGAAAAGCAUCAAAGACACGGACGGCAACACGUCUCUACUUCCCAUCUCUCUGGCUCAAAUAAUCCCACCCGAGCAGAAUCUGACCUCCUUUUACCGCUACAAGGGCUCUCUGACCACCCCGGGGUGCACCGAGGCCGUGAUCUGGACUCUGUUUGAGAAUCCCAUCCCCCUGAGCAUGGAUCAGCUGCGGGCGUUCUCCGAGCUCAAGUUCAAAGAUGGGAAAUCGAUGGUGGGGACCUUCAGACCCGUGCAGCCGCUGAACGGCAGGCAGGUGUACCGGUCCGGCGGCGCAGCCAUCCUCGCCAGCUCCACCCUCCUCAUGGUCGCCAUCGCCUCUGUCUUGGGUCUGUCCGAACCCAACUAGAGCGAGGCAUCCCAUGAUGCACUGCGACAUCCAUGAACACAAUAAGCUCUGAAUCAUUUCUAAAGUGAACUCCUGUUUGUAAAGUCUCCAUCGCAUGGUCGCUAAGAUGACGGACCACGUCGUAGUGCAGAAAUCACUCACCUGGUCUUCCUCCCUCACAACACCAAUGACAAAGGCAUUCUGGGAAUGCUUUAUGAAAGGUGCUGUCAGGGUUCGAUCAGCGUUCAUGCAUGCAUAGUAAAGCAGUAGACCUUUUUUCAGCGUUAUGAAUGUGCCAUAAAGAAGGUUACAUAGCACUAAAAGUCAUAUCUUAAUUCAAACUCCACGUCCAAUCCCUGAGUCGUACCUAAACAGCAUCAUCCUGCAAACACAAGCACACAAACACGCCCGCGUACCCUUUAGACGUCACCCGCCUCUUCCAAUGUCAGGUAAAUUUAGUCUCCGCUAAUGUCUCUGAUAGUUUGCGCUCUGAGUGCCGACGUUAGCCCCCUGACCCGGCACGUGACGCGUGGCUCUCAGUGGGGCAUGUGAACAACACGGAGCUAUUUAUAGCAGGACUGAGUCACAAAACAAGCUCCAUUUCAAAGCCAGCGGUCAAAGGAGUCAGCAGUUUGGCUUUUCUGUCCCGGUCCAGGAGAACAGAGCGCAGCCGUCAGGGGGGGAACCUGCACAGCCACUCAGUCAGCAGUUGGUGGGGCAGGAGGGAGGGCGGUUAGGGGGUGAGGGGUUU